UUGACUUGACAAUUUAGUAAUAAAAUAAUGGUCGUUCCAUGUGAAUGUAAAUGUAAAGAACUGUCUUUUGUUGUUAAAGUAGAAAAAUACUGUUUUAAUCGUACGUGAAAUAGUUUAAUGUUUAAUCUUUAGUUAGUCAAAUAAACUAUAUAAUUUCUAACCCAAUGUAUGUUAACAAAGUGUCUGUGACUGUUAAAUAUCUAUGGCAGGUAAUACAGAAGAUUUUUUCGAUGCAUUUAAGAACAAACCUUUGACUAAAGUGGGAAAGUUUAAUUUUAAAAAAGUUGAAAGAAACGAUACCAAAUCUGCUGCAUCAGAAACAGUAUCGCAUUUUUUCUCACCGUCCAAGAAAAGUGAAAAAGUUACACAUGACCCAGUAGAAGAUGAAUUGGAGGCUAUCUUUAAAGAUACCCCCAUAAGUAAUGUAUCUUCCAUAAAAUCCAUAACACAUAAUUCCAGCAAGAAUGAAAAAUUGUCACCUAAUAACUCUAGUAAGCCAAAUCUCAAUUUAAAACGCUUAUCAAAUGUUAUCAAUACCAAUCAGAGAACAAAUCCUAUUACUAAUAGUCGGAAGCCUUCCACACAGACUACAAAAUCUGUAAAAAAGAUCUCUAAUUCACAAACUACACUAUUACAAUUUGCAAGCAAAAGUAGAGCUAAUACAUUACAAGAGAAAACUGUAACUACAACCUCCACACCAUCCUCUCAGUCAAAAUUUAAUUUUAAACAUGUACGCAGGAACUCUUCAGAAGAUUUUGAAACACCAACACAGAAAAUGUGUCAAGAGAAAAUAAAUGAGAAAACAUCCAAGGGUUUCAGAGACCCAGAAAAAUUUAAUUUCAAGAAAAAACCCAUAAAGGAUACUGUCGCUGCUGCUUUUGAAUCCCUUUUUGGUGAAGAAGUCUCCACGAAAACAGUACAGAAGUUAGAACGAAAGGAUUUUUGUGAAAGCAUAUCUACAAAACCAGUGCAGAAGGUAGAACGAAGGGAUUCUCGUAGUAGUAAAGACAGCCCAAAGAAAGAAAAUGACAUUAAAUUGCAGAAACGUAACAGUGAAAUAAAUGAGAGUACAAAACACAAAUUGCCAGAUGAGCAUUCAGAAAAUGUGGAUAAAAUUACUGAAAAUGUUAAUAAGUGUAGUUUUAGUAGCCCUAGCCCAUCGACAGAUUCUCCUGUGGUAAGACGGAAAAAAUUCCAAUUUAAAAAAGCUUUAUCUUCUGAUUCUCCUAUUCGUCCGAGUUUAUUGGCUGUGAGCACAAGUAAAACGUGUAAAAGUAACAGUAUAAUUUCCAUUAGUUCUGCCGAAAAUUCUCCAAUUAUUCAAAACGCCAAGCUUUCAGCACAAAAAACUGCAGGAAAUUCUCCAGUUAUUAAAAACACCAGGGUUCCAGCCCAAAAAAUUGAGGAAACAAAUAAUAUCGCUUCUUUUGCUGAUGACGAUGAUAUUAUCAGCCAGGCUUUAUGUGCCGCUGAAGGUGAUUACUUGGAUGAUGCAACAUUUGAAAAACUGUUUGGUGGAUCAAGUAAAAAACCAGAUGAUCAAAUUGAUUUAAGUGCAAUAGAUUGGGAUGAUGAUUUUUCACAAAACGAUAAAAAUUUAUCAGACACUCCAUCAGUAGCACAUGACAGCUAUAAAGAAGAAGUUUCUGCAAUCAACUGGGAGGACGAUGAUUUCGGCGAAGAGCCUUUUUCAACUCAAAUAAGUUUUAAAGACAGAAAUGACAACCUUUCCGAGUUUGAUAAACGAUAUCACUUCUCAGACACUAUGGAGGAAGUUCUGCACCAAAAAUUUGGUCUUCAGUCAUUCAGACCACAACAACGUGAGAUAAUUAACGCAACCCUUGACAGACAUGAUUGUUUUGUUCUUAUGCCAACUGGUGGUGGAAAAAGUUUAUGCUACCAGCUGCCUGCUGUACUAAGUGAGGGAGUAUCAAUAAUUAUUUCUCCUCUAAGAGCUUUGAUUGGGGAUCAGGUGGAUAAAAUGAAUGGUCUUGACAUUGCAGCUGCUCAUCUUUGUCAAGAUGUUGGUAUUCAAGAAACAAGUCAAAUUAUGACUAAGUUGCACUGUAGAGAACCACUUAUAAAAUUGUUGUAUCUUACACCAGAGAAAAUAAUGGCUUCUAGACAAGUUGGUGAUAUGUUGAAGGCUUUGUAUCAAAGAGGGAAGUUGGCUAGAUUUGUCAUUGAUGAAGCUCACUGUUUGUCUCAAUGGGGUCAUGACUUCAGGCCUGACUACAAAGAGUUGAAAUUUCUUAAAGAUGAAUUCAAAAAUGUACCAAUAAUGUGUCUUACAGCUACAGCUACCAAAAUGGUCGAGUCUGAUGUUAUCAAUAUUUUAAAGCUAAAAAACGUUAAGAGAUUCAUUAUGAGUUUUAAUAGACCAAAUAUUAAAUAUCAGGUUAUAGAGAAGAAAAAGAAAUUUGCUAGUGAGGAAAUAAUCAAUUUGAUCAAAAAAAAGUUUUUAAAAAAAUCAGGAAUUAUUUAUUGUUUAGCUAGAAAUGAUUGUGAAACUUUAGCAGACAGUUUAAAUGCAGCGGGGAUCAAAACAAGACCAUAUCAUGCAGGUAUGAAUGAUAAGAUUCGUGCAGCAAUUCAAAGAGAAUGGAUGCAAGACAGGUUUUUUGUUAUUGUUGCCACAAUUGCUUUCGGAAUGGGCAUUGACAAACCCGAUGUACGAUUUGUAAUACAUAAUUCAAUUCCAAAAUCUGUUGAGGCUUUUUAUCAAGAAUCUGGGAGAGCUGGUAGAGAUGGGGAUUUAUCCUAUUCUUAUUUGUUUUACAGCUACACUGACGUUAUAAGAUUACAAAGGAUCAUGGGCAGGGAAAGAAAUUCGAGUGCUAAAGCUCGAGAAGGCCACAACAACAACCUCAAACAAAUGGUCUCCUUUGCAGAAAAUGUAGUCGACUGUCGUCGAUAUUUACAAUUAAUACAUCUCGGAGAAAAUUUCAAUCGCCAACUAUGUAUUAGAAAUAAAGCCACAACGUGUGACAAUUGUGAAAACUUCGAAUCAUAUAAUAGUCUCGAAGUUACAAAAGAGGCCAAAGAAUUAGGUACCUUAACUAAAGAUCUCUGUAUGAGGAGUAAUGUGACAAUGCUACAUGUCGUUGAUGUAUAUAAAGGUUCCAAAUUGAAGAAGAUUCUGCAGAUGGGACACGAUAAGCAUCGAUUUUAUGGUGCUGGUGCUUCGUUGAAUAAACCAGACAUACAUAGAAUUUUGAAAAAAUUAGUGUUGGGUAAUGUUCUAGAAGAUCAAGUUACUUGUAACGGAGAAUUUCCGGUUGUGUACAUAAGAGUUGGAAAGAAGUUUGAUCUGCUCCAUAGUUCAAGCUUCAAAAUAACCCUCCCAGUAAGCAAAAAGGCUGUUACGAAGGUAAAUACAGAAGAAAAAAUUGAAACGGUGGACAUUGAUGAUUCACCUGGGCCUUCAUACGUACCAGAAUCACCUGCUGCUUUACCCAAAAUGCUUCCUGUGGCUACCAAUCAAAACAAAAAUACUGUGUAUGCCAAGUAUAACAAAGUAAAAAUAAACAAACUGAAAGUAGAGUGUCACGAAGCUCUUUUGGAGGAAUGCCGCAAAAUGGCUUUAGAGAGGAAUCUAACUUUGUCGUCAAUUAUGAAUCUAACAGCUAUAAAAACUAUGUCUGACGUUCUGCCAAGAACCAAAGAGGAAUUCUUGAAAAUCCAGCACGUAACGGCGGCUAAUUAUAAGAAGUGUGGUGAGAACUUUUUAACUAUAACCAAAAAGUUCAGCCAAGCAGUAGAUGCUUUGGUAACAGCUUCGAAGUUAUCAGAAACUUCCUCAGCUGCAGAUAACGAUAACGAUUGGUGUAGUUCACAACCUUCGUCUUCACGAGGUACAAAGAGGAAGUCGACAGGAGGAAGUAGAUGGACAGGAAAAAGAGCGAAAGGUACAUGGAAAAGACGAAAGACGAGAAGUCCGCGAAAGAAGACAACAGGUUCUAAGAAGGGUUCUUGGAGUAAAGGAAAGGGUGGUAAAAGUGGUGGGGGUAUAGGAUUGAUGCCUGUACAUUUUAAAUGAAAAUAAGUAGACAAUGUAGUUAAAAUAUUUUGACUAUUUAUAUUUCAUUAUCGUAUCAACAGAUAAACUGUGUAAAAACAGUCUUGAUAAAUUGUACAAUAUCCAUGUUUAUGUCGAGAUGAGAAUUGGGUUUAAUCUCUAUCAACAGGAGCUUUGAAAUAUUGAAAAAGAGAUGAGGCUGGAACUUAAUAUCAUUAUGUCACUUUCUAUUUUUUUGAUAAUGGUAUGGCCGAAUAAGAUGUGUUUAAAUAGCUAAGUUAUUACAAUUACAUGGAAUAAUAUUUUAUCACUUCUUCAGUAAAUACAUUAAGAGGAUAGGCGCAAAAUUUCGGCUUCAGUACUUUUUAAAUGCAUUCAAUUUUGCGAAUCCGGAAAAAACUAAUGUUUGUUUUUGAAAAAUUUAAACGCAGAAUUAAAGGUUACAUUAUUACCGAGGGCCGAAAGUCCCUGAAAACUUCUGUAAUGUUUAUUUUAAUAAGUUACAGAAGUGAAAAAAAGAGAAAAGUUUUCUCAGGAUUUCAUAUUUACUACCUCUAGGGGCUCUCAACUUGCACCCCGUUAUAAAAAAUAAAACAUCUAUUUGUUUGUUUUAUGUAAAUAUCAGAAAAAUAUUUUAAAUAACACUGCUACCCGUAUCAAUUUGAAAUACUAAAUAAUGAUUGUUUACUAAUACCAUUAACGUAAACAAAUCCUCUAGAAUAUCUGUAUUUGUGCUUUGCAAAUCGAAAAUAUUUGUCUGAUAUAUUAAAAAGGUCAAAGUCAUCAUCAUUAUUUAUUUCAGGAAUGUUUUUUGCCUGUUCUUGGGUUUGUAAAAAAUUUUUAUGCGAUAAAAAAGAUUUCCUUUCACCUUUACAAACUUUUGAUAAAUUACCUAUUUGAUUACAAUUAUUACAAGUAUUAUUUUUAUAAAUACACUUAUCUUUGUUAUGAUUCCUCCGCAAAUGUCACAUGCACCAUGUUGUCGUUGUUGAGGUUGAAUGUCAUGCGCGUAACGUCUGUGCUGCUCCUCAUUUUCAGCUCUCUGCGUCUCUGUAGUUUCCCAUUUCCUUGGAGUCUGCGCGUUGCUCCAACGUCGCUGCGCAUCGUACCUUCGCGUACCUUCAGAACUGACGUGGUUAAGAGGUUCUGGCUUAACCCUCACCAUUUCCUCGUGAAUUUCUCUGGCAGCCAUCUUGGAAGCUGCUAAACUGACCAUUCUUUCGAGAUCGGCGCUUACAUCUUCUUCCAUAAGCCGGUCCAACACGGGUCCCUUGCAGAAGUCACAGCCUACCGCUAAUCCUCACUCGCCGAUUCCGUCACGUCUUUUUGAGCACUGUAAAAUUUAAAUCGCGCUGCAAACGGACUCUGCUGUGGUUUGAAAUACCCGUCCAAUGUGGCAAGAAGCUGAUACGUUUUUUCUUCUGGUUUUUCAGGACUUACCAGAUCGAAAAUAAGCUGAUAUGCGUUCUCGUUUAAAGCGUUUAAUAAAAUAGCUGUCAUCUUAUCUGCGUCCGUAUUGACUUUGACACCGUUUGCUGCGAAAUAGUUUCCUAGCCGCGUUUUGAAAAUUGACCAGCCUGAACUCUUUAAAGAGAACUCGCUUGAUUGACCACACACCCAUUCCGCCAUUUUUUUACACUUUUUUCACUAUGUUUUACACGUUUUUCACUACGUAUUUUUAACUCGUUUUGCCGAAAAUAAAAGUUAUCCUCGUCACCAGUAUGUAAUGUAUCAACCCUAACUAUUCUGUUGACACACACACGUGCUCGAGACGUUACUACUUUAAAUAAAAGCCGGACAUUUAACGGACUAGUUUUAUUGCUGAAUAGAAAUAACAUACAAGAUAGCGAUAUAGGUUAAAAUUUCCUUAUAUAGUACUACAGUGAAGUGGGAUUGAAGUGAAGUCACUGAUGUCAAAAUGAGCAGUGACACCGCGCGAAAUACAAAUAACCUAAACCCAGUAUAUCACAAUUAGUUUUUUUCAGGAUUCGAAAAAAAUGAACACCAUGUAUGUGGUAAUACUUUCCAAAUCGAACAUUCGCUAUCUUUGUCAUACAAAAAACUCAGUCGAACAGAAUAUGGCGACAAGACAGUGACAAUUUUAAAUAUUUGACAUUCAAUCGGGAAUAUUUUGAGUUGUUGGGUAAAUAAUAUUGAUAGUGUAUUUGAUAAAUAAUUUAUUUAAGACGGGAAUUUAAUAAAAUGUUAUAUAUUGUUUAUUAUUUAUGGAAGAUCCAAGUAGAAAAUAAACCAGGAUAUAUUCUGUGAUCCAUGUAUUUUGUUGUUAAAGAUGUUCAAAAUUGAUCUAAGAGUUCCAUAGUAGAUAACAAUAUAAAGGGUUCCCCCGAAAAUAAUGCGCUCCUUAAAGGUAUAGGUAGAAGUCAUCCAUGUAGAGAAAAAAGUCUUUAUAACAUUUUUUUCUAAAUGCACCGUUUGGCUAAAAAACCAAAAUACAUUUUGGUAUGAAAAUUGAAAUCUGACAACUAUGUAUACAAAAAUCUAAACAUAGACACAUUAAACCCCGUCUUCAUCCUUGUUUUGUUGGAUUUUCAAGCAGGGGGGUACAAUUAUUUUGCAGGGGUACCUGUCUGACCUACAUUUGUGGUGUCAAUAAACAAAAUCACAAACAGUUCUUGUACAGUGAUGCCAAAUUAGUUAAUUUUAUGAAAAUAAAAGUUCGCUUAUAUGGCGAACAAUUUAUUUAUUUUUUUGAAAACGGUUAACUUUAGAAAAAAAUGUUAUAGGACUUUUUUGUUCUACAUUGGGUAUUACAUCCAUACCUUAAAGGAACGCACUACUUUCGGAGACACCCUGUAUUAUUAAAAAUAUCACGUUUCUCUUUUCUCGAUUAUUAGUUUUUAUUGUUUAUUAUAUAAAUUAUUGUAAUCACUGAAUACAUUUACUGAAUUAAUAAUUUAAGCGAUUAUACGAGUAACAGUUAUCCAAGAACAUUCAAAAGCCAUCUCUAAAUUAAUGACGACAGUGUCAUUGUCAACUAAUGUUUGCAUCUCGAUAUCAUUGAGAAUUUUAGUACACAUAUUUUGCCGUGUAAAGAAAGAGAAAGUAGGGAUAGCCGUAAUAUAUUUGCGCCUAGGCUCUUAAAGAUAAAUAGAAAUUAAUAACGACUAUAUAAUGAAUAAAUAUUUUCAUCACUUUUGUAUAAAAAAUUAUUGAAUUGUUUGUUUUUUAAAUCGGCCAUUUUGAUAUGAAGUGAAGUACCAAAAUGUAUUCUUUCUGGUUGUAGUCGUUUUGUGUUACAUGUUAAUAAUGAAAUCGUGUUGGUACAUUUAUAUUUGUCUUUUGUUUUUUUUUGUAAAUAUUAUUAUUUAUUAUUAUGUAUUUUGUACUAUUUAAAAAAUAAACUAUUUUUCGUA